AUGUCACGCAUCUCUAUCGACUCCGAGAGCUUCCCGUUCCAGCUGACCCAGACUUCUGCAAAUCGCUUCGGAAGUCUGGAUGAUUUCGAGAGAUAUAUCGUUGCCUGGCUAGAACAAGCUGAGCCUGAUGACGAAUUAAGACUCACUCAUGUGUGUCUCGAGUGGCACGAUUCCGUCUUCGAGGCUAUUUGUGCGGCUUAUCUUACUGAAAAAACAUAUCGUCCUUGUGAGGGUGUUUGGUGGAUCAGAAAUUAG